GUCCUAGUCAGAGCAGGUAGCGGCGGCCGCGGCGGGCCUGGAGCCUGGGGCUUGGAGCUUGGGGCCUGGAGCCCGGGCCUGGGGCGCUGGCGGGCGGCCCCUCCCAACUCCCGGCGCGCCUCUCCCGGCUGUCGGCCCCCCUGAAGGUCAGGGCGCUUUGUUCUGCGCCGCGGGCGGCCUCCUGGGCGGCGGCCCCGCGGAGGAGGCGAAGACGGCUAGAGGCGGCGGCCGCUCAAAUCUCCCGCUAGCCUGGCCCGCCCCGCGUGCGGGGGCCGCGGCGGUUACACGGCCGGGCGCGCCGGAGCGUUCAGGCUUCCCGUUUUUAAGGGGAUAAAAACAUUCAGAUGGCAGAUCACAGUUUUUCAGAUGGGGUUCCUUCAGAUUCCGUGGAAGCUGCUAAAAAUGCAAGUAAUACAGAAAAGCUCACAGAUCAGGUGAUGCAGAAUCCUCGAGUUUUGGCAGCUUUACAGGAGCGACUUGACAAUGUCCCUCACACCCCUUCCAGCUACAUCGAAACUUUACCUAAAGCAGUAAAAAGAAGAAUUAAUGCAUUGAAACAACUUCAGGUGAGAUGUGCUCACAUAGAAGCCAAGUUCUAUGAAGAGGUACAUGACUUGGAAAGAAAGUAUGCAGCACUAUACCAGCCUCUUUUUGACAAGAGAAGAGAAUUUAUCACCGGUGAUGUUGAACCAACAGAUGCGGAAUCGGAAUGGCACAGUGAAAAUGAAGAGGAAGAGAAAUUGGCUGGAGACAUGAAAAAUAAAGUAGUCAUAACAGAAAAGGAAGCAGCAACAGCUGAAGAGCCAAAUCCCAAAGGAAUUCCAGAGUUCUGGUUUACCAUCUUUAGAAAUGUAGAUAUGCUAAGUGAAUUAGUCCAGGAAUAUGAUGAACCAAUCUUGAAACACCUGCAGGAUAUUAAAGUGAAGUUUUCUGACCCUGGACAGCCUAUGUCUUUUGUGUUAGAGUUCCACUUUGAACCCAACGACUACUUUACCAACUCAGUCCUGACAAAAACCUACAAGAUGAAAUCAGAACCAGAUAAGGCUGAUCCCUUUUCCUUUGAAGGUCCUGAGAUUGUGGACUGUGACGGGUGUACCAUUGACUGGAAGAAAGGAAAGAAUGUUACUGUCAAAACCAUCAAGAAAAAGCAGAAGCAUAAGGGUCGAGGCACUGUUAGAACAAUUACGAAACAAGUACCCAAUGAGUCCUUUUUCAACUUCUUCAAUCCACUGAAAGCAUCCGGGGAUGGAGAAUCACUGGAUGAAGAUUCUGAAUUCACAUUAGCCUCUGAUUUUGAAAUUGGACACUUUUUCCGUGAGCGGAUAGUCCCGCGGGCUGUGCUGUACUUCACUGGGGAGGCCAUAGAGGAUGAUGACAAUUUUGAAGAAGGUGAAGAAGGAGAAGAGGAGGAAUUAGAAGGUGACGAGGAGGGAGAAGACGAGGAUGAUGCAGAAAUUAACCCCAAGGUGUAAUUUUUGUCUGUUAAUCAUUCAUACGUUUCUAGAAGGAACCCAGCCAGCCGGCGGAAUGCAAGCAGCAGUAGGAAGCGGAGGCGGGUGCCUGGCAGACCGACUGUCGGGACUCCAGGCCUGUGGGCGGGACCUCGGUCCUUGCCGCAGCACAAUCCCGUCGACAGAGCUUACUCCAUCUAACUCGUUUUCAAGUGCAUGAUUUUCACUUUCACUUUUCCUUUUUCCUUAUUAUUUUGCUUAACUUGUACAGUGGCAACUGAAAUGCAUUUCAGAAAUAGGAGGUUUCGUCCAGCACCCUCUGCAGCCUUGGUGCCUGUAGCUCUGGACUUGCCUGGGCCCUGUGGGAGGGCCCCAUAGAUCACAUCGGGGUGGGGGCGGUCACUUGGCAAAAAGGGCCGAAGUCUGAUGUGGUUCCCAGGAUCUAGAACCUCUCCCGCCCUCCUGCAGUUGGACUGAAUUCUUCCCUUUCAUUUGAAGAAACCCACUUGCUGUUUCCAGCUGCUUAAUCUGCCGAGUGUGCAGCCUGCGUCACCUGUUAUAUGCUAAUCAUCUCAGAAGGGCUGUGUAGAGUAGGGCUGUGUUCUUCUUAGGAUGUUGCUUCUUGAUUUUCUUUUUUUAAGGGGUGGGUCAGGGUUGUGACACACCAGCCCAGGCAAGAGCUGCUGCGGGUCACCUCAUAUUUAUUUAUCCCUUCUUGCCUGUGAGGACUGCGGCCUUUCGCUGUCACUCGCCCUCACCAUUUCUGAACCACCUUGGUGACCUGAGCGGGAAGAUGUGCCACUUCCUAGCAGGAGCAAGGCCUGUGCAGAAGAAACGCUGCUCCUUGCCACCAGGGCUGAAGACGCGAGCCCGUCCUCAUGACGCAGGCGCCGCCCUGCUGCCGGAGCCGGGCUUCGGCGGUCUUCUCCAGUGAGGGGCUGGGCUGGGAAGUCCUGCGUUUCAGUUGAGCGUAUGAGCGUCAAGUCCUGCUUUCUCAGUAGCCCCAUUGCUGGGCCCCACCAUUCAUCCUGUCUGAAGGUCUUGGGUUUGGUGUGACCGGUUGGCGGCUGGUGGGUGGGGUUUCCAAGUCGGGGACGGCGCUCUCCAGCAGCCUGGGGAUGGCCGUGUCCGCACUGACCAGGCCUGUGGAGAGUGCUCAGCCUAACCUUAGAACACAUUUGUAACUGAAUACAGUGUUUUCAAUUUGUACAGAAUAGUUAGAAUAUUCUAUUAAAGUUG